CUAACCUACAACCUUUGGCUGUCAACAAUCACAACAGAGCUAGUAGAAGUAGCACGAAAGAUAAUAUCUACAACAUGAUCUAUGAAAAUUUUGAGUUGUAAGUAAGAAUACAAGAUGUCGCCGACGACCAGAAGAAAGUCCUCUUGUACGAGGACGUCUCGAGGGCGCAAACUUUUACUGCCACUAUGCAUUGGUUGUGGAGAAUCAGGAGUCAUUCAUGCGGAAGCGCUAUCUUAAGGCUGUACUAGAUAAUUCAUCUUGUUUGACUUUAUUGAGGGCGCCUUUUCUGCAGCAAGCGAAAAUAAGUUCAUGUAGUUCAUCUUUCUUGAGGGAAAUCGGAUUUGUCUGAAAGGUAUAAUGAUGACCGACGAGUAUCUCCUUAAGGGCGUGGGCGAGAAAGUUAUAAUGCGUAUAUAUGUGAUUGUGAUUAUAAGAGAGGUACAGGAGCGGACAGCUCUAAUCGUCAUCCCGUGAAAGUAGAACUAAGGGGAUAGCAGCUUUGGAUAGCAAGGUGAUCAACCUUGUCUCCACGGAUAGCAGAGUUUCGUCGAAGGUCGAAGGCAUCAAUGACGCAGUGGCAGAUGUAGUGCAACCGGCAAUAGAUUUAUGAGCGCAUCUACUUAUGAAUUGCUCUGAAAGUCUCUUUUUUAGAAGUAUGUAGAGCCAGCUCGGCGGAUCUCAUCAGCAACACUCCUGCCCAAGCAACACACACAUGCCAUCUCUUUAUAGAAGAAGCAGAGCCAGCUUGGCGGUUCCUAUCAACAACGCUGCUGCCCAAGCAACACUCACAUCCCCACUCCCCAUCGCAAUAUUUCGCUUGACCCCCGUGAAUGGGUCAACUACUACAACUACCACUACUAAUACGAGAUUAGGGCCAAAUAUUGCCUCUAAUCGAUGCAGUCCAGCCAGCAGUUGAUGCGAUCAAACUUAAGAGGGCAUUGACAUUGUUUCUCUUUACUAGUACUAGGUCUCUCUCUUCACUAUAAUCCUUACUAGUAGUACGAAAAAAAAAAUCUAAUUUUCCGGGAAUAGAUGCGGCUGCUGACGCGAUAGAACCGGUCGUCGAUGCUGUAGAGCCGGUAUACACGAAACACGUGAAGCCAAUCCAAGAUGUAGCUUUGGACAUUACCAAGAAGUAUUAUGUCACAUAUUAACUCGUCUCAUUGUGAUUGAUAUUAAUUGUUGUUCUCUCUAGAGAAGUGAUUAGUGAAGUUCUUUUUUUGUCCAAGGUCUACCUGAUUACGUAUGUCAGAACAAGAAAUAUGUCAAUGUCGUGGCCACCGGUUGUAGUAACACUUCACUAUGAAGAUCAAGAAAAAGUAAAAGAGUGUUUCUCUCUGUCAUCUCUUCCUCCUGCUCUCUCUUCUACUCUUCCUCGUCUGCGCCCUCCAUCGUCCCUCGUCUCUCUCUUUCGUUCGCUCUAACUGAUUCUUUUUGUCAUUUUUCAUCCGCACAUGCGUCAUUCUUCGGUGCCAGUCCUAGGAUCUAUAUACCAGAAGAACGGCAUUCUUUAUCCCAACUAGGUGGCAAAAUACAAGAUAGCAACUUAUCCUCAUGUUGCCAGGAAGACGUCAUGAUGAUUAUUCUAUCUCAGACAGUUUUUUGUUUGUUGUAAAACGAAUAGAAGUAGUACUUUGGUCUUCCUCGGACCUCGGUCCAUCUCAUCAUCAAGUACAUCUUGUUGCUAGUGGUCCUUUCUAACCACUUGGCAAGAUAGCAACCGAUCACGUGGUGAAUGCUGCCGAUGCGACAGGGAAACAUAUUUCAAGGCAUGUGCGGCAAAGUUUCGCUACCGUUCACCAAGGUGCUGUUUCCGCAGUCACAGCGCUUAGCUUUAUGGAGCUGUAUUCAGUGUGUACUGACUGCUCUUAGUGAAUUAGACUUCUUAUUGAUUACUUAGACCUAUGUAUAGAACAAAUAUUACACUUGUAGUUUCUAACAUGCCAUUAGGCGAAGGAGACGCGAGAUUUGCUAUUGCUAGCAGUGCAUCUGGAGGCCAAGUUGUCUAUGCUAGACUCGGAUUAAAGGGCAACGGACCAGUGCGGCCUUUGAUAGAGACGGGAUUACAGACUCCAGGAGCCUUGGCAGUCGACACAACUCGAAAGCUUCUCUAUUUAUGUUGGAUGGGCACUGUUAUAUUUAUGUUUUGUUUCUUUGACGAUGGAGAUGUUGUCGAUGUUGUACUAACUAGUUGAUCAUGAACAAGAGAAGUUUCUUAGUUGUAUUCGUAAGAUGCAGAUGGUUGUAGUUGAUGUAAGGGAACUUCCGUAUCAUGCCUGUCGAAGAGCGUUAAUGUGGUCAGUAAAUGAUCUACUUAUUCUGUUGACAUAGACCCAUUCUUCAUAGCCAAUUGCCGACGCCGGUGCGAAGAAGGUGUUUCGGUACGAGCUGAAGGUUGACGGGGAAAAGCUUGGCGCGAUUCCCAAAGGCUUCGUAGCAGAUGCAGUAGAUGCUGUAGCGGUUACCGUAGACAGCAGCGGAGACAUUUUUUUGGUGGAUGGAGUCAACGUUAUGAAGAUCAUUAAGUUAUUAACUGUAGGAAAAUAUUAACGAAGGAAUGUUUUCUUUAGUAAUUUUGUCUGAUGACUGUCAGACCACGUCUCUACGGUCAUCAUGAACGAUGGCAACAGAGACAACAGCAUGCAAGAAGUACUGUCGUACCUACUUGCGAGACGAGAGCUUGAGAUCGUGACUCAGAAUCACCUGAUAGAUUAACAUCGAUGAACUUGCAGUACUAUUAAAGUUUACUGUAGUAAACAUAUGAGAAGUAGUUGAAGUUAGUUUACUAAACAUGAAAAUCUUCAUAGCAAACAGAAGCUACUCGACCAGAUGCAUAUAUCUUCUAAUUCCAGGAAAGUCCUUCGAGCAGACGAGCAGCAUAAAACGGCACCAGCGGAACUAUACGCUGUUGAUACUUUGCCGGCUAUUAGUGUUAAGGCGAAAAUAGAUUCUUAUUGCUGCUCACCGAUUCAGUAUCCUCACUCCUGACGCUCACUACAACACCGUCUUUCGAUCAUCUUCUUCCCAUUUAGGACUCCUCACUCACGCUGACCGUGCCUCCCUACUUUUACUCAUGACCUCGUAUCCGUACCCCUACUAGGCUACCCCUAUUACGCUGCUUCUACUACGCUGUCCCUAGUAUUACGCUGCUCCUAUUACGCUGCCCCUACUACGCUAGUACCCCUAGUACUACGCUAGUACCCCUACUACCCCUACCUACUUUUUACUCUAAUCCACGUGUGACGGGACUCUUCGCGGACAAUUUUAGUUUGUACUGGGCCAACGGCAGCUCUGGCAAGAGUGUCGGCAGUGUGGUACGAGCACCGCAGAGACCGCCACUUUUCAAAAGGGAUGGCUCGCAACCUCCUGGUGUUAAGGUCAACAUCAUGUAGUGUCCAUCUUUCUCAGCAUGAUCUCGGUACCUUUUUGUUUCCCUUGUAGUCUUGUGUUCAUGUUAACGGGGUCGAGAUGAGGGGACCGAGAUGAAGAAAAGCUGACUCUAAUGGUGUCGGUGUCCUGACGAAAAAAGCAGACGCAGCUAGUGGUGUUUGUGCAGCAGGUAUCUUGAGAUAUGAACCUGAUGAGUUGAACUUCUUACUUGUACACUUUGUUGUAAGUAGAUGAUGAGACUUAGCAGAAGAUGAAGGUAGAGGCUGCACUACCUGAAGAUACAACUACCUGCCCCAUCGUCGAUUCUGCUAUGAUCUUCCUAGAAGUACUUACAUGUUUAUCAUGAUGAGUCAUGUCGAUGUGAUCUUCCUAGGAGUACAUGUUCUUUAGCAUGAGUCAUGUCUGAUCGUAGAACAACUUCUGAUAAUCUUGAACUAGGUGGCGACGCUAUAUUCUUCACGUCUUCGACGGGUUCUCUUUUCCGUGGUGUCCGUGGGAUGACAGAGACAGGAACCGUUUUAGAGCUAGACAGUGGCAUGUCUUCGCCUUCACAGUGUGCAUGUUAUGUCUUAUUGUUAUUUAGUAACUAUGUAGAUGUACUCCUUGGACUUGUUCUUAAGUAUUUAGUGACUAAGUAACUAUGUACUCCUUGGAAUGCAAUUACAAUGGAGGAACAAUUGAAGAUUCUUAGUUGUCUUGUUCUUAUUUAGUAACUAUGUAGAUGUACUCCUUGGAUGCCUUGGAAUUAUACGAUGGAACAAUUGAAGAUUCAUCUUAGUUAGACCUAAAAACAAGUUUACAACUGGUUAACUACCUCAAGUAGACGAUAUUGCUACAACUUCUUGAUCAUCAACGGGCAACUGGGGCACCACUUUCUGACGUUACUUCUUCAAGAUACAGUUAGAUUUGGGCACGACUACGUGGUCUUUAGUCCAGGGUCUUUUUUCCUUAGCUCCAAUACUCGGAAAAAGGAACCUCAAGUCUUCUUGUAGUGGAUCAAAGUGCGGUGUAUCGAUACGGAGGGAUCCUGUCGGAUCAGGUACCAAGCAAGUGGUCCAUUGAGAUUGAUGACAAUGUCGAUUUAAUCAUGUACUUGAUGACAAUGUCGAUUUAAUCAUGUACUUGAUGACAAUGUCGAUUUGUUGCUCUACGAAAUCAUGUACUUCCAAGACAACUUCCACACUGUCGAUUUACCAAAAUAACAAUCCACACUGGUGCCUGCAGAGAGAUCAGCGAUACAACAGCAGAGCAUUAUAAAAAGUGAACGAGUCAAUCAUCUCGGUUCAAAUCGUUCAUAUAUAGGCUCAAAUCUUCACUUCUAAUAUCCCAGGUAAGUGGUCCAUCAGCGUUGUCCAGUAAAGUGAAGAUUUUCGACAUAGCUGGCGGUUCCGGAGUCGCGUUUUUUUCACCGCCAGAUCAGAUGCGUGGAUCUGGUAUGGCGAAUUCGGGAAGUUGGGUGCCAGAUUUUUUCUUAUGGUGGAAAGAGAGUUGUUGUUGUUGUUGUUGUUGUUGUUGUUGUUGUUGUUGUUGUAACUGAUCGCUGCUGCAACUACUGUAAAGUGUCCUAAAAACUUGUGACUGAAGAAGAGUUGUUCUUUCCUCUUGUCUAAUCUGAGCGCUGCUGUUCAGCUUCACGAUGGUCGCGGCUCUCACCGCCAUGGCAAAGUUCGUUGCCGUGAACAAUUACAAAUGAGUGCUCCUGCCAGGAGCCUCCUGGUUUGAGUACUGGGAGCAGGAGGUUCUUGCACCCACGACAGCAGUCCAAAUUUACUAGACAGAAUAAACAGCAAAAACACGCAAGAACUUCACUGGAAGACCACGAAGAAGAAAACUUAAGCAAGAGCACUCAAGAGCUUCUCACUCAAGAACUUUUGACAAAUAACAGACAAUCCUUAUCCAAAUCGACCUCAUGGAUGAUCAAAUUCUGAAAAACACAAAGGACAUUCAUGAUUCUUGGUUGAGAAAAUAUUGAUGAGAAGAUUUUUCUAUUCUUGAAGAAGAAACUGUAUGUUAUAGUGAGUACUACUAGGAUGUUGUCAUGUAUCAACAAACGAAAACAGAAACCCGAAGAAGAUUGGAAUUUGAUAGACUUCCAGCAAAACGAG